AUGGAUCUGAAAGAAGAGAAGAGCGAGGAGGACGAAAAAGAGAAACAUGGCAGGACACGACCGAAAGGCCGGCAAAAAGCGGAGCCGGUCGGCGAACCCGUGGGCAGCCCAGGGCAGAAGCCGCCAAGGACGGGGGCCGUCCGCGCCGUAUAUAAGGGACCACUGGCCACCGCUGGGCAUCACUCGAGUUCCGAGGUUCCUCUGCUCUCUGGCCGCAGCUCGUCUCCAACCACCUCCGCCGACACCAUGAAGGCUUUCGUGUGCGCCGUCCUGAUGGCCCUGCUGGUGGCCGUGGCCUUCGGCGCUGAGGAGAAGGACCUGAAGGGCUCCGAGGCAGUGUACGUGGCGUCGCCCUACGCGGCCACCUACGGCUACUACGGCUACCCCUACGCCUCCGCCGCCUACCGUGCCGCCCCCGUCGUCAGCGCCUACUCCGCCUACCCCUACGCCGCCUACCCUUACUACUACCGCUGAGGUCUCCACGAGACUCCGCAGCUGACCACUCAACACAUGACGGAUCAACGCCACACCCAAACACACUUGCCUUAUAGCACACUUUUUUAAAAAUACAACUGUUUCACAAAACAA